UUGUCUAUUUCUUUUGAAAGGUAUAGAUGUUUAUUUGAUUUUGUUUUUAAAAAAGAUGAAUGAUUUGAAAUCAAGCAAUGGCUCUCGAGAAAGAACAAAUCCACCAGCCAACAUCAACCGAUCACCCAUAAAGAUCACAUGCCCAGCCACAAACAUUGCACUGUUGAAAUCCACAUGAGAGAGUGUUUUCUAUGAUUUUCAAAGGGAACUACGCUGCAUUAGCACUCUGCCCUAAACCCUAAAACUAGUAUGGUUCUAGGGUUUAGAAUUCAAUCGAUUGAAAUUGCUGAGGAAUUUUGUUAGCUUUUGAAUCUCAAUACAAUAAAAAUGGGAGGCGAGAAGAUUAAUCAGAGUAAGGAUAAUCCUUGGCCGUCGUCUACAAACAUGCCACCGCCACCGCCACCACCCUAUCAAGGAAAAUCCGAAGACAUGAAGCUUUGGGGAGUUGUCAUCUUCGGCCUGAUUGGGGCCACUGCCACCACUUACGCUGUCAGGCAGCUGCGGCGGACUGUUGAUGAGCUGUAUGCAGAGUUAACCAGGUCUCAAUCAAUGUGGAAAGGAGGAUCUGGAACUAGCAAGUCAUUCCGGACAUGUUUUCAGGAGGAAGCGUGGAAAAAUUAUAAUCGUCGAAUGCAAGAAGCAUAUGAAGAGGAAAUGGAGAGAGUGGAGCGUAUAAGGCGUAUGCAAAGCGUGUUUAACCGUGAAAGAAACAAGUUCAAAAGAGACUACGAAAGGUGGAGGGAAAAUGGUCCAGGUGCAUAUCAACAACAUUUUCAACGUGAUGAUUGGUAUUGGAAGACUGAUUCAGCUUUCAGAGACCAGAGGACUAAUUUCAGGAGAACUCCAAGAGACAGUGGAAGCUAUCCAUUAUCACAUCACUACUCGGUUUUGGGACUUGACAGGUCUAGAACAGCACCAUAUACUGAAGCUGAGAUUAAGACAGCAUUCAGAACCAAGGCAAAGGAGUUUCACCCAGAUCAGAACCAAGAUAAUAAAGAGGCUUCCGAGGCAAAGUUCAAAGAGGUGAUGAUAUCCUACGAGGCCAUUAAGCAAGAAAGAAAGAACACUAAAUAUUAAACUGCCUGACACUGGUAGGGGAACAGCGUAGACUCAAUGCAAAAUGUUCCUACAUAUGUAUACUUGGGGAAAAUGAAUCUAACAACAACUUAAUUUUUUUGUGAGAAUUUGAUAUUAUAUUGAUAGGAGGUUGUGUGGAGAGGUAAGUAAAUAGUUGUCUUUUACAGGGGCUAGAUAUUAACAAGGACAGCAAUUCAUGUGUUGUGCACAACCUUUUGUAUGUAAUUCCUGAAACUAUCUACCUUAGACCACAAAUCUAUAUAUUUAUAUUUAUUAUUAAUAAAUAUUUUUUUUAUCUUUAA